CCCUUGUGUUUCCGUUCCUGCGCACAGCCGCCCGGCUUCUCCAUUGAGCGUCACUGCCAUGACAACAGGACGAUGGCUGCAAACGAGAAGGGGGAAAAUGUGAUUUUUGUGUGAACGAGGAGGAACAAACCGUCGUUUUUUACGGUCUGGCUCGUGGACGUGAAGAGGCAGCAUGUCUCUGUUCAAAGCCCGUGAUUGGUGGUCGGCAGUUCUUGGCGAGGGAGAGGAAUUUGACCAGGGAUGCCUGUGUGUCGGAGAUGUGGACAACAGCGGCACCGGACAUGACAAAGUGGUGGUGGGCAGCUACAUGGGAAUGCUGCGGAUCUUCUCCCCACAUGCCAAUAAGUCCAGUGAGGGAGGUAUAGCUGAUGCCCAGCUUCUGGAGGUCCAGCUUCAAAAUGCCAUCAUCCAGAUGGAAGUGGGCAAGUUUGUCUCGUGUUCGGAGCUUCUUCACCUGGCUGUUCUUCACCCCAGGAAACUGUCCGUCUACUCUGUGUCAGGCACUGCAGGCAACGUGGAGCACGGUGACCAGUACCAGUUGAAGCUGGUUUAUGAACACAACCUGAAAAGAACAGCCUGCAACAUGACUUACGGCACCUUUGGAGGAGUCACGGGUCACCACUCCCUGUGCAUCCAGUCUAUGGACGGGAUGCUGAUGUUCUUCGAGCAGGACAGUUACUCCUUCGGCAGGUUCCUCCCUGGGUUCCUGCUGCCAGGUCCACUGGUCUACAACAGCAGAACAGACAGCUUCCUCACUGUGUCCUCCGCGCGCCAGCUGGAGAGCUACAAGUAUGAGACUCUGUCCGUGGCUACAGAAGCAGAGAGUCGACAGGAUCCGGACCUGCCGCUCAAGACUGGAGGCAAGAGGCUGACGCCUGACUGGACGUUUGUCCUGGGAGAACAGGCCCUGGACCUCUCUGUGCCCUCCUUCUCCCACUCCUCCGCCUCCGUCUUCGUCCUGGGUGAGAGGAACCUCUACUGUCUCCGUGACAACGGUCAGAUCCGCUUCAUGAAGAAGCUGGAGUAUAACCCCAGCUGCUUCCUCCCCUACACCUCAGUGACGGAUGGCACCACCAACCUGUUGGUAGGUAUCCACACCAACAUGCUGCAGGUCUACCAGGAUGUGACUCUGAAAUGGGCGGCCCAGCUCCCCUUUGUGCCUGUGGCCGUUCGCAUCUCCAACUUCCAGGAGCUGAAGGGAGUGGUGGUCAGUCUGAGUUCGGACGGUCACCUCCUGUGCUCAUACAUGGGCACAGACCCCUCCUUCUUCACCACGCCCAAGGUGGACGCCAGGGAGGCCGACUAUGAGCAGGUGGACGCUGAGAUGAAGAAGCUGCAGAAAUUCAUCAGAGAGGUCACCAGGACUCAAGACAUCCUCCCUAAGACUGACGCUGAGGAGGACCUGAUUGUUACAGCUGCUGUGUCCUCCAGCAUGGACAGCCCAUCGCAAGCUCUGAUCCAGGAUGCCGGUGGUCUGCCCGUCCCUUCAGUGACCAUACAGGUGAAGGUGAAGGCCAGUUGUGUUAUGCAGGCCUCUAAGAUGACAGUCGGCGUCCAGCCUCCUCUGGCCGUCACUCAGGACCAGUUUGCCCUCGAGCCCAUGGGUGUUGGUUCCUCCACCGUUGUGGAAUUUUCGGCUUUCCUCAACGGCCACUACCCCCCCGCUGAUCUGACCGGAGACAUCACUGUGUCCUACAGCUCGCCAACAGAACUAAAUCCCAAAGGAGUUCCCAGGGUUCUCCAGUGCAGGUUCCGUCUACCUCUGGUGUUGGUGUGUGUUCCCUCCUCUCCGACCAAAACCACCAAGUUCAAGAUCACUGUGGAGACCAACCAGCCGCCAGUCAACCUCAACUCCAUCUUCCCAGAGUUUUCAUCAAAAUCAGAAGAUAAGGAUGGGAAUACCUUGGCUUUCCAGUUCCUGUCAGGAGCCAAGGUUACUGUGCUGGCCUCCAAGACCUCCCAGCGCUACCGUAUCCAGAGCGACAGUUUUGAGGACAUGUGGCUGGUGGUGAAAGAGCUGGUUCAGAGGUUCGACCAGCAUUUCUCCAAACUGGGGGUCAAGGACUUCAAGAAAAGUUUCAGCGGACCGCUUCCCCUGCAGGAGUACUUCCUGUCAGUAGACCACCACUUCCAGCUGCGUGUCAGUGCUCAGCAGUACCAGGACCUGCUAUCGGAGCGAGCGGUCCAGUUCAGAGCCAUCCAGCGCCGCCUGCUGACUCGGUUCAAAGACAAAACCCCUGCACCUCUGCAGAACCUGGACACACUGCUGGACGCCACGUACAGCCAGGUGAUGGCGCUGGCGGAAGCGGCGGAGGAGAACCGGGCUCUGCUGGAGGAGGCGUUCGUCCGUCUGCGGAGCGCCACACACCUGCUGGUGCUGCUGCUGUCGCUGUGGCAGGGCCUGACCCCCGACCAGACCGCCAUCCUGGAGGCCACGCUGCUGCCGCUGCUGCACGACACGCCACAGCUGGGCUGGGAAGAGAGCUGCGACGCUGCCGUCUCCCACCUCCUGCGGAGCUGCCUGUCGCGGAGCCCCAAGGACCAGGCCACAUCUCUGGCCCAGGCGGGAGGCCCUGUGCUCACCCUCCCCCGUGACACCGACCGCCUCAAGAAGCACAUCACCCUGAUGUGCGAUCGCAUCGGCAAGGGAGGUCGUCUCACCCUGGCGUCCGAGGCCAACGUCCAGGUCCCCGCCCAGGUCCAGAACCUGGCUGCUCCCGGAGGUGUGGAGCCCAUAGCAGAGGUGGCUGGUGACGGGGAGGAGCUGGAGCUCCCGCAGGAGGCCACCAAGUUCAUCAAGAAGAAACAGCCGUCUAAGAAAGUCAAGAAAGACAAAGAGAAGAAAGAGGUGUCCAGGGAGUCGUCAGAGGCCGCCGUGAAGGAGGAGGCAGGAGACGCAGAGGAGCCGGUCAAGGUGGCGAAAAAGGAAAAGAAGGAGUCGUCCAAGGAGAAGAAGGAGUCAAAGAAGGAUUCGAGCAAAGAGGCCAAAGAGCCCAAGGAGGAGACGAAGAAAGAGUCCAAGAAGGAGUCCUCCUCCUCCAAGGAGAAGAAGGAGUCAUCGAAGGAGAAGAAGGACAAAGAAAAGGAAGGGAAGGAGUCCAGCAAGGAACUGGGGGACAAGAAAGUGUCCAAGAAAUCUUCAGUAAAGGUCAAAGAGAAGAAGAAGGAGCCAGAGGCCGGAGAGGGCUGAAGGAAUCAGUGCAAUAAGCUCCAGUGGUACACACACACACACACACACUUACACACACACGCAUAAACACAACACAAGAUACAUGUCCAGACCUCAUACAUAUAUACAUACAGGGGCUCACACAUAUAAAUAUACAUAUGUGUGUAUAUACAGUGUACAUGUAAACAUAUACAAGACCACAACACACAUGUUCACAUAUGCAGUCUAAACAUAUAUUUACAUGUAAAUACACUCAACGCCACAUAUCUCAGCAGCCAAGUCAUUUCCUCCCGGACACAUAUUUACAUCGCCUAGUAAUAGCUGACCCUCACACACACACACACACACACACACACACACACACACACACACACACACACACACACACACACACACACACACACACUGCUGCUGCUGAACCACCACACCACAUCCAGUAGUUUUGGUGUGUGUGCGCUGAGGGACUGUGGUGAGGUCUGAGCCCAGGGAGAGCGAGGACGAAGGCUAAAUCCUCCUCCUCCACCUCCUCAGACAUUUCGCUGACUCUCUGCUUCCUCCUUCCUCCUCCUCCUUCCUCCUCGUCUUCGUCGUCUGGCCUAAGCGGCAGUUGAACCCACAGCCCUGCGCCUCCCUAAUCCCAGUCAGGCCCCAAACCACCCCCCCGCCCACGCUCUCCUCUGGAUGUGAUGUCAGACCCCGCCCUCUCACCCCCCUCGCAUGGCACCGGGCCUCACCAGAGCCUCCCCCGCCUCGCCGCUAAGAAUAAACCCGCCCGCCGCGUCCAGCCGCCCGGCUGCUUCCGGGUAAAUCAAGGCCACAUCCUCCAGCCACCUCCACCACCACCAUCCCCUCUGACCUCCUCCAGCCAGAUCUGUUGUUUAAAUGUGGGACGUUCAAGGACACACAGCUGCUGAUGGACAUAAACGUGGUGCAGCGGGGUCGAACCUGAGACUGUUUGUGUUCGGUGGAAACCAACAGGGCGUUUCUGGAAAAAAAAAAAGCAGGGUGGCAAUCAGGAGGAGAAGAACCUGCAGGCCCGUCUAACACCCGAGGCCUUUUCUGCCCAUCUUCAGGAACACUAUGAAGAAGAGGCUCCAUGUUACGCACGUAUUUAUUUAGCAGCGUAUUGAACCAGCUCCAUACGAUACGGUUUGAUACGAUAUGUUACUGUAAGACGACCGUGACUAGUGCCAGAGGAAGAACAGAGUCUCAGCAGCAACACACACGUAGGUUUUUAGAAUAACACGAAAAACGCACAAGGUUACUGAACGAAUUCUUUCAUUCACAUCACAAAGAAAACUUUUUUUUUCCUGCUUUUGGUGGCUCGUGCAAACAAGUCGACGUGCACGUGUAGAGUCACAUAUCAAGCAUUAAAAAAAUGCAAAUUGAUAGCUUUAGAUUUGUAUUCUUCACAGUAAGGUUUCGAAGAAAGUAUAGGAUAUCGUGUCAACACUAUUAUCUGUGAGAUGCAGCCCUAGAUUUGAGAUUUCUGUUUCAGAUUUUGUCUGUGGUGCUCAGAGCUUUCAAAAAUUACAUUUAUAAAAAGUUCAACAAGCAACGUGUCCACCCUGUAAACGGGUUUGUCAGCGACUGUUUCCUCGGUAGAAAGUAGUUCCAAUGAAAACUGUUUGUUCUGUGGAUCAUCUAGUUUAAGAGUUCAAACUGUUGAAUGAAACUAAACUUUCCUUGGGGUGAACCAACAGUUACAUCUUAGUUUAUACACAGAGGGUGAAAAAGACUUUAUUAGUGAAGUUUAAAAUGAAACAGGGGAAUAGAGAAGAUGACAGAGGAAAGCUGUGAGAGAAGUUUUUCUUCUCCACUGAUCAACAAGGAAAACAAAUGUGGAGCCGAGGUUUUACAAACCGAAUCCUGUUGAUAUUGGAGAUACUGAUUUACAAACUUACAACUCACUAAAAUGUAAGACAUUGGACACACACACACACACACACACACACACACACACACACACACACACACCAGUUUAGGAGCUUUGAGCUUUGUUUCUGCCAGACUUUAAGACUUCAGCCAUAGACGCUGUGGCAGCUCAACCAAAACAAUCCCAGCAGCUACACGUCUGCUCCAUGUCCAUGUGUUCAGCUUCGACGCUUCUGUCCACCGGGAAGCUUUUCAUCAGGCGCAGGUCACGGCUUCUGUUGACCUUUAACCCUGAUCCAGUUCGGCUGUGUCCCUUUUAUUUUUUCAGUGUUUUUAGAUUUUAAAUAAUUUAGCACAGGUGAAAACCGAUGAGCUCGAACGAGCAUCGGUUCGUCCUUUACAGAGGUUCCCGCUGGACACGAGGCACUUCCUGUGUGCUGUGUCGCAACACCUUGAAUGUUUGUAAUACAGAGUAGGUUUUGUACUGUUGUGUUAGCCGUGCAGAUGUACCAGGCUCCUGUUGGGAGUCUGCUUUUAUAGCCACAACUCCCUCUGCACUUCAAUGAACUGUGUCGUUUGUGCAGCCUGAAGAAGACCCCCCACCCCCACCCCACAACCGAGGAGUCUGAGAAUGAAAUAAACGAUAUUUAUGAAAUAUUUAGUAAUAAAAGUUAAUCUACUGAGGUAAUCAAA